UUGUUGUCAAAUUGACAGUGACGUGUAACUUUCAUGUUGACAUUACGUACUUUAAUCGAAAUAUAUCGAUUGAAUAUUAAUAAAUAUACUGAAAGAAGUUAAUACAAUAAACAUGUCGACUAAAAAUAAAACAUCAGAUGGUGUUAGUAAGGGAAAAGUUACAGAGUCUCUUUGGACGAGAGCAUUUACCGCAGACACAGAAUGGUCCGACAAGGAGGAGUUUCUAGACGUAAUCUACUGGAUGAGACAGAUAAUUGGCAUCAUACUAGGUCUCUGUUGGGGUCUUAUACCUUUGAAGGGUUUUAUUGGAUUCUUACUAUUUGUGCUUGUGAAUACAAUUGUGGUUUAUUUCUACAUCAACAAUUACCAAAAGAUAGAUGAAGAUGAAUAUGAUGGUGUGUGGGAGAUCUACAAAGAAGGAUUAUUGACAGCUUCUGCGGGAUUUUUGGUGACAUGGAUAAUUAUCUACACAGGAUUGUAUGGAAAUGAGAGUUUGUUAUGAAAAGAAAGUUUAACAAACUUAGGACAAAGCCAAGAAAUCUGCCAACUGAGAAUGAGAUAGUGAUGUGCUUGAUAAUUUUUUUUUGUGAUUUGAGUGAUGUUGAAGGUAGGCAUAGGUAUUUUUUGUUAAAUCCAUAGAUAAUUUUGCAAUUGCAGAAUCUGUGAUGUGGUUCAUACAUUUUUUUCAUAUGACCAUAUUUUUAAAUUAAAAUUAUAAUUAUGAAUGGAAUGUAACCUAAAUUUUAUUUAGUUGGAAUAAUAAACAAUUUAGAUAAGUACAUUUCUGCAAAUACUCUAAGCACUAGAUGUUACCAUAUUAAUAAAAUAACAGUUAAAAUGUAUGUUGAAAUUUGCUAAAAAUUUGUAUGUAGUUCUGGUUAAAAAAAAUCUAAAGUUUUAUACAUUUUGAAUGAUUUACAAGUAUGCAUUAA